GUGAAGAACUAUGGAAGCCAACACCAAACUGGUCAUCGGCAUUGUUUGUAGCAGCUUUGUUAUCUUUCAGAUUCUUUUCCAUUUUGUAAGUUACUGGUUUUCAGCAAAAGUUUCUCCAGGUUACAAUAGCCUUAGCAUCGAGAAGAAGAUUGAAUGGAACUCAAGGGUAGUAUCUACCUGCCACUCUUUGCUGGUUGGGACUUAUGGCUUAUACCUCUUCUUAUUUGAUGAGCCUACUAUAGCUGAUCCACUCUGGGGUGAUCCAGCGUGCGUGAAAUUGAAUAUUGCAACUGCUUCAGGCUACCUCGUUUCUGAUUUAUUGAUUAUACUUUUGAAUUGGAAAGUGAUCGGUGAUAAGUUUUUUGUAAUUCACCAUUGUGCGGCUCUAACUGCAUACUUCCUUAUGUUGAGAGAUGGAGUGCUUGCAUACAUUGCCAAUUUCCGCCUGCUUGCCGAGCUUUCCAGCCCCUUUGUGAACCAGAGGUGGUUCUUUGAAACCCUGAAGUACCCCAAGUUUUCCAAAGCCAAUGUCAUCAAUGGAAUCCUCAUGACAGUAGUCUUUUUCGUAGUGCGGAUCAUUGCAAUACCUCCUUUGUAUUUCUUCAUAUAUUCCGUGUACGGAACAGAAGCCUUUAUAAGGCUUGGAUUUACGAUUCAGUUUACCUGGAUCACUACCUGUCUUAUUUUGGAUGUGAUGAAUGUCAUGUGGAUGAUCAAAAUUACAAAAGGAUGCAUCAAGGUCAUCUCUCUCAUCAGACAAGAGAAAGCUAAGAAUAGCCUUCAGAACGGAAAACUCGAUUAAAGGUGUGCUUCAUCAAACGCCUCUGUUUCCAUAAGCCAUCUUCAUUCCUCCCCUGUCGCAUCUACUAAUAGAUGAGUUCCUGGCAUGCUCUUAUGCUGCUCUAUUAGUUCUGAUUGUUAUUCAGGGUUCCAGUGUUUUCUUCUUUUUUUUAUCUUUAGAAAAGAGAAAAUAAAAUUUAGUUUUCACUCUCAA